AGGGCGAGGGCGCUGGCGGCGGCGGCCGCGGAAGAUGAGCAGCAGCUGCUCAGGGCUGAGCAAGGUCCUGGUGGCUGUGGCUGCAGCCCUGGUGUCUGCUUCCUCCCUCUGCCCCCAGGCCUGGGGACCCCCAGGGGUCCAGUAUGGGCAGCCUGGCAGAUCCGUGAUGCUGUGUUGCCCUGGAGUGAGUGCUGGGACCCCAGUGUCCUGGUUUCGGGACGGAGACUCCAAGCUGCUCCAAGGACCCGAUUCUGGGCUGGGGCACCAACUGGUCCUGGCGCGGGCAGACAGCACUGAUGAGGGCACCUAUAUCUGCCAGACCCUGGAUGGUGCACUUGCAGGCACAGUGAUCCUGAAGCUGGGCUACCCCCCAGCCCGUCCUGUGGUCUCCUGCCAAGCAGCUGACUAUGAAAAUUUCUCCUGCACUUGGAGUCCCAGCCAGGUCAGCGGUUUACCCACCCGCUACCUCACCUCCUACAGGAAGAAGACAGUGCCAGGAACUGAUGGCCAGAGGGUGAGUCCAUCUACAGGGCCCUGGCCAUGCCCACAGGACCCCUUAGGAGCUGCUCAAUGUGUGGUCCAUGGGGCAGAGUUUUGGAGCCAGUACCGGAUUAAUGUGACUGAGGUGAACCCACUGGGUGCCAGCACACGCUUGCUGGAUGUGAGCUUGCAGAAUAUCUUGCGCCCUGACCCACCCCAGGGGUUGCGGGUGGAGUCAGUACCUGGUUACCCGCGACGUCUGCGUGCCAGCUGGAUAUACCCCACCUCCUGGCCCCGCCAGCCCCACUUCUUGCUUAAGUUCCGGUUGCAGUACCGUCCAGCACAGCAUCCAGCCUGGUCCACGGUGGAGCCAGCUGGCUUGGAAGAGGUGAUCACUGAUGCUGUGGCUGGGCUGCCUCAUGCGGUCCGAGUCAGUGCCCGGGAUUUUUUGGAUGCUGGUACCUGGAGUGCCUGGAGCCCUGAGGUCUGGGGGACUCCCAGUACUGGGCCCCUGCCAAAAGAAGUACCUGAUGAGAGCCAGCCACAAGUGCAGGUGGAGACAGUAGCUCAUGUGGACAGCCCUGCUCUUCCAAGGCCCUCUCUACAGCCAGACCCGCGGCCGCUUGAUCACAGGGACCCCCUGGAGCAGGUGGCUGUGCUAGUGUCUUUAGGAAUCUUUUCUUUCCUGGGACUGGCAGCUGGGGCCCUGGCACUGGGGCUGUGGUUGAGGCUGAGACGGGGUGGGAAGGAUGGACCCCAAAAGCCUGAGUUCUUGGCCCCAAUGAUUCCAGUGGACAAGCUUCCAGGUGCUCCAAACCUGUAGAGGACCCAGAAGAACUUCAGCUGAUUCACCUAUAAGUCUGUCUUGCUGGUUUGGAUGAAGGGACAGAUAGAACCAAGCAGGACUGUAGAUCCCUUUGGACAGUGCUAUCAGCUGGAAGUUCUGUCUGGAUCCCAUUUCUUUGAAAUAGUUUAUUCCAAAUGUGCCAGCUGAAAGGUGUCAGAACCUCUGACUUCAUCCCAGAACUGGAGGUCCACCUGAGGAAUGUGCCUGUCUGUGUCCGUGUGUGACCAUGUGUAUGUGAAGUAGGGAGAAUGUGUUCUCUGCAUGUAUGUAUGUAUAUAUGUAUGUAUGUGCCUGAAGAACGUGUGUGGGUCCUUGACUCUUGGCCUUGCCCCUUGCAGGGGCUAUGAAGAUGCAAAAUAAAGAGAACGAGGAGGUUGUUCUAUAUCACACUCA